GCAGGCACAGAGAUGGCAGAGAAGAAGCAGAAUCCAAUGCGCGAGCUGCGCAUCGAGAAGCUCGUCAUCAACAUCUCAGUCGGAGAGUCAGGAGACAGAUUGACCAGAGCGUCAAAGGUGCUCGAACAACUCACCGGUCAGACGCCCGUGACGUCCAAAGCACGCUACACCGUUCGAUCGUUCGGCAUCCGUCGUAACGAGAAGAUUGCCGUCCAUGUCACCAUUCGGGGUCCCAAGGCCGAAGAGAUCCUCGAGAGAGGAUUGAAGGUCAAGGAGUACGAGCUCAGGAACAGAAACUUCAGCCAGACCGGCAACUUUGGCUUCGGCAUCCAAGAGCACAUCGAUCUCGGCAUCAAGUACGACCCCGGAAUCGGUAUCUUCGGCAUGGACUUCUACGUCUGCAUGGGCAGACCAGGCGCCCGCGUCGCCCGCCGAAGACGAUGCAAGUCCACCGUCGGAGCAAAGCACAGAGUCACAAAGGACGACACCAAGGAAUGGUUCAAGACUCGCUUCGACGGCAUCCUCACCAACCGUGCCUCAUGAGCUCGCUCUCACGCAGCGAGCUCCAGAGUGUUGUACUUGCGCGCGCUCUUGCAAAGUUUCGCGC